CACAAACCGCGAUGUUUUGAAACUGUUCGCCGUUUAACAAUUUUCUAAUUAAUACACGCUGUGUUCAGCGAAAAUGGCUUUAAGUCGGUUGUGUUUCUCGUUUAACUGAAUAAAAAGUAUUUAACAUGCAUUGUACAAAUCGAGUGUAAUUAAUCAUUUGAAAAGUGAGAUUAACUGGCGAGCUAACUAACUAGCCAGUUGUCUAGGAAACGGAAACGCGCAAACUAAAGACGCAGGAUGUGACUCACGAGCCAACAAUUUCUACUUUAGAAACUUUUAUCUUGGCGACCAUGCUGCGGUCUGCCAGAGAUAAAGACGUCCAAUCCUUAGACGUUUAUUCUGAUGAUGAAGAUAAUACUCCAUUAGCAGGAAGAAGAAACAUGUUGGGGGAAAUAAAUGCAGCUUCACUUGAGAGCAGCGAAAUCCGCAGGGCAACGCCUGGGCGGCAACCCGUACUCCAGCGCUUCUGGAAACACACUCACCUGUGGCCCGCUCGUAUAGUCUCUGUGCUAUGCAGCGUAGUCAUCGUCUCAUUUAUCGCUGUGCUCAUCUCCUUCUUGUACAUCGUAUUAAAAGAUCUAAGAGCAGAGAGGAUAACCACUGAAGAUGGAUCAGAAGUGAGACUCCUAGGUUUUUGGUGUAUUUUGGUCCUGUCUUCCGUGGCUGGAGUUCUUUGUUGCAGUUUCUCCUGGACCCUAACCUACUUUGACUCUUUUGAGCCAGGAAUGUUUCCCCCAACUCCUCUUUCUUCAGCCAGACUCAAAAGAAUGACCGGACAUUCUUUCCACAUGGGCUACAGUAUGGCUAUACUCAACGGCAUAGUGGCUGCGCUCACUCUUAUAUGGUAUCUCACCUGAUGCGCCUCAACUACCGCCUAUCUGUGGACACCUUGACUGUCAUUUAACUUGCAAUUACCAGGUGGCAAUUCCAAGUUCACCACAAAAUGAAAAUUUGCUAAAAUUACGCGCACUCAGGCCAUCCAAGAUUUAGAAGAGUUU